AUGGACCCUGAUUGGAUGAUGCCUAUCACGUGGUUCCAGAAUAGGCGAAAAUUGGAUUCGCGUCUUCUCAUUCUGCAUCCACCACCAUCUCCCCAUCAAAUCAACAAAGAUUAUCCAGCGUACCUCGCCCCUUAUGCGGUGCUUGAGGCUCACUCUGGACGGCUUCCUAGGGAAAGUACCUCGGGACAGAUAGUUGAUGCUGAUUAUCCAGACGCUACCAACCAAUCACGGUCGCACCUCAGCGACGACGAAACAGCUUACCUCAAGCCCCCUUUGGGACGCGGAAUGCCCGGGGUUUAUGGAAGUCACUUUCGUUUAGACCAUGUUACAAGGGGCCUGGGGUCCCUCGUUGGCGGCGUCGCAGGUACAGUGGGGGAUGUCGGCGGCCAGCUAGCUGACGGCGUCGGGAGCGCCUCUGGGCAGGCUAACAGCAGCGGAGGUGCUUCAGGCAAGGCAGACUCGAAGGGCAGCGGCAUUCACACCCAGGCAUCCGAAGCACAAAGCGACCCCAUCCCCACAAAAAGCGCCACUGCGACUACUGCUUCAGCUUCUACAUCUCGUGACGGAAAUGGACAUGGGCUUGGUUUAGGGAAUAUAGUAGGAGAGGUUGUUGGUGAGGUUGCGUCUUCUGGUGGUAAAGUUCUAGAGGGCGUUGCAUCAGGAGCUGUUCACGCUGUCGACGAUCUCACCUCGGUCGCAGGCGAUGCGAUUGCUGCUGCAACUGCUGUUGUUGGUGGCGCCGCCAGCUUUGCUACUUCUCUGGCUGGCGACGCUGUAGGCGAUGUCACUUCCUUGGCCGGCGUCGCAACAUCGUUGGUCGGACAUGAGGUUGGGGAGGCCGUUACAUUGGCGGGCGACGUUGUAGGGGCUGCUGCUUCCAUAGCCAACAACGUCGUAGCUGUUGGUACUUCCCUCGUCGGCGAUGCAACCUCACUCGCAGGCGCCGUCAUCACUUCCGCCCCAUCUCUCCUUCGUGAUCCCAUCGGUGUCGUGAAGACCAUCGCAGGCGACGCCGUUUCUAUCGUCGGAGAUGCUGGAGGCGCUGCGCUCUCCCUGGUUGGUGAUGUUGAGAGCGUCGCUACCUCUCUUGUCCAUCAUGUUGUUAGCGAUGUGGCUGGGGUCGUAUCCGAUGCAACAUCCAUUGUUGGCGAUGUCGUUCACGAUGGGACCUCAAUCAUCGGCGCGAUCACCUCGGAAGUCGUUCCCAUUCUGACAUCCGUCGCUGGAGACGUAUUCCCUCCAGUCACUCGCAUCAUUGGUGCCCAGCCUCCAGUCUUGACGAGCAUUGCGUCGACCGUCCUUGGUGACAUCACUCGCGAUGUGCCUUUACCGUCCCCGACGAUCAUACUGCCGGGGAACACUCUUUCUUCGACAACCACGUUUGCAAUAGAAACUAAUGAGCCGAAUAGCACCCCAUCCAACGAUCCCCCUCAAUCUCCUCCAUUAACUUCCUCUCCGUCUCUACCUCUUUCGACGACUCUCUCGCCACCUCUGCCUCCUGCCUUUACAGAUACGCCGCCAGCUCCAGCGUCGAGUGAUCAGCCCAUUUCCCAGGUCUCCAGUUCGACUUCAGCAUCUUCAAUAGAUAUCCAAUCACCUUCUUCCAUCCUUGCGACUCCAAGCAGUGCGACCUCUACACCAGUUUUUCCAAUCUCCCGUGGAGGCAACAACUUCGUUAAAGCCCAAAGUAACGGCGACGACGGGUCUGAAAACGGUCUGGGCUUCAGUGGUACCGUCACAAGUACAGAUUCAGCGAGCUAUCCCGGAGUCUCGGGUGGGCCUAGGGGAAACGGCGGUGAUAAACCAAGCAACCCCAACCCCCACCUCCCUCCAAUACUUGGCGCAGUAGCGGGAUCUAGCAUUGUUAUCCUUAUCUUCGUUGUCUUCAUGAUCGUCUUGUGCAGAAGACGCAGGGAGGCAGCAAGGAGACGGCAUCGAUCAAGUCUGCAGCACCUCAUCAACGAUGAAGAGUCAGUUCGUUCCGCAUCGCCGCAGACCGUCGCAGAAGAUGACGCCAGCAUGCGCGAGAGUUGGUAUACUGCACCGUCUCGACCAUCGGUUGUCGAACCUAUGGCAUAUGAUGGUCUAUCAAGGAGUAACAGCACAACCUCUCACUCUGAGAAUCCGUUCUGGGAUCCGUCCGAAUCAUCGUCUCGCAGAUCAUCACCCUCUGAUUCUGAUUCCAAUUCAGUGCAGACUAGGAGCGACAGGAUGGUUACCCGAAUCCCUUCAUUCAUAUCAGAACGAAGCACAUCCACCUCGACGAGUUCCAUUGCAUUCGCCACUCCCAGGGACAACAACAAGAAGGAAUCGAUUGGUCCCGGUCCUUGGAUCGCUGCUCUUUUCGGUAUCUUCGGUGCUUCGGGGCACUAUGAUCCCAAGAGACAGUCGAAGAUGUCGCGGCGCAGCCAUGUGAAGCCAGACCUGCCUCCGCUGCAAGAAAAGUCUGAGGACCAGAAAGACGACGAUGUCGCAAGAAAUGAUCUUCUCAAUGCCCGCUGGGGGAGUCCUCUAUUGACGGCGUUGCUGAAUAGUAGCCCUCCUCCGCGCCAGGCCCAUGCCACAACCUGA